AUGGCUUUUUUGAAUAUUUUCAAGCAAAAAAGUGGUGAUGAAUCUUCACAAUUGACGACGAAGGGAAGGGACCAAAUUUCUCAAUCGAUUAAGAUAUGCAAACGUGAUGACGCUGCUGACCAACAUGAUUGCUCUGGUGAUUGUCGAACGGAAAUUGAAGAAGGAGAGCGGACUUUUGCGAAACUGAAGAUCGAGCACGAAACCCCCCUGUUGAAUUCCUCUAAAACGCCGAAGAUUCACUUUGUUGUUCCUACGUCUCAAAUCGAUUGGCAGCAUGAUGCCUGCCUGGAGGACCCAAAAUCAGUGCAGUACAGAAUUUCUAAAUGGUGUGAUAAGAAUUCAGGUAAAUUUUCCGAGGUGGGUACAGGAAAGACGCUAAACUGUGCAGUUUCAUCUCUACCUAAAGAUAUUAUGGAUAUUGAAGUUAUGCGGGGAACCAAGAACAAUGUACUUAUUUUGCCUUACUUCGUUUGGCUUAAUGACCUUAGAUCAGAUGACGUCGAAGCAACGCUGGAUGGUUUAGUUCCUGACCUAUUAAACAAGAAUAUUUCAAGAGAGAAGUUGCUAGAAACACGACCAAACGUUUCCGUUGCACGUGAACGUGCAUUUGUAUUCCUAUGUUCGCAUACUACAAGGGAUAAACGAUGUGGGAUUACAGCUCCUUAUUUAAAGAAAGUUUUCGAUAGUAAAUUGCAGGAGCAUGGCCUAUACAGGGACAAUUCGGAUUACAGGCCAGACGGGGUCAAGAUCGCAUUUGUUAAUCAUGUUGGUGGCCAUAAGUUUGCUGCAAAUGUUCAAAUUUAUUUACGAAAUCCAAAUACCUUAAUUUGGUUGGGGAGAGUAACGCCAACUAUAGUUCCUUCAGUUGUCGAACACCUCAUCGUUCCGGAAGAACCAACGCUGCCAUUUCCUGAGAAAGUUCGUUGUAUUAAGAAAUAUCAAAGCUGGUAA